GUUUGGUAAUCAGUAGUGUCGUUGCCGUCCUCUUGUGCGUACGCUUUUUGUCUGAAUUGAACCGUUCUAUUCUUACGGUGUACUUAAAUAGUAUAUUAUUUUGUAAAACACGAUUGCUACUAAGACCGAAACAAAUUUAUAGUGAUAAUAGUGCAACGCAAUAAGAUUUCAUCGUAUCCGUGUAACCAAAAUCCGUACAGUUUUUAUGACGAAUGUGUACGUUUACGGUGUUUUUUGAAAAAUCUUCCGAAAACUGAUAAUAGUAUCGUGACAACUACGAAUUUUCCACCGGUGUAGAUUUCGAUCGAACAAUUUCGAGACUAUCACACCGGUAUUUACUACUAUCGCACACGAUGAACUUGAUGUGUACCGAAUCACAGACGGCAUCUGAAGAUAGGUGUUUUGCUGAGGACCGGACUAUUUUUCGGGAUGAACGGGCUGUUAAGAAGCUGUUGGAGACCGAGUCACAGUACGUGCCCGGGUGUGAUUACAUGGCCCACUCUCAUUCUAACUUGCAGCCAUUCAUGAGAAGGGUUGUGGCCACGUGGAUGUUGGAUGUAUGCGAAGAACAAAGGUGUGAAGAUCAAGUGUUUCCAUUAUCUGUAAAUUUCCUGGACAGAUUUUUAUGCGCCUGUGACAUAUCUAAAACGCAUUUGCAGCUCACUGGUGCGGUGUGUCUGUUAUUAGCAUCAAAAGUGCGACAAUGUACAGCACUUUCCAUUGAACUCUUGUGCUACUACACAGAGAACAGCGUCACUCCAGAAGAGAUGAGGGAAUGGGAGUUGUUAGUUAUUUCUAAAUUGGAAUGGAGAAUUGUAGCUGUAACUAGUUUCGAUUACGUAGAUCAUAUUAUGGAACAAAUUAAAUGGAAAAGACGAAAUGAUUCAAUGCUCAGAAGGCAUAUGUUGACACUCAUCUCCUUCUGUUAUAUAGAACCCGAUUUCAUUGCGAAAAAACCGUCGGUGAUGGCGGCGUCGUGCAUGCUGUCGGCCAUCCGCGGGAUCGAUCCUUCCGCGGCCGCCGAGGUGGCGUCAGAGCUGUGCAUGUUGUUGGCGUGCACCGCGGCCGAGGUAAAUGAACACGUGUCGCUCAUCGACGCGCUAGUGGCCAGCACGACGGCCGCGGCCACGCCGGAAAAGUCCGAGAACAACAAUCCAGCGUCCGAGCCGCCCGUCAAAAAGCCAUACCGCGUGCAAGACUACGGGUUGCACGACGGCGGCGGUCAUCUGUAGUGCAGGUCCCCCCCUCAACCAUGUGUACAGACGCGGCACGUUUAUGUAUCCGCGCGACACGAGUGCAGGUAAAUAAAAUGAAGCCCCGUUGACGGACCUGACGAUGACAAUUUUUUUUAAACCCCCCCCCCUGAUCCCCCAUCCGUGUCCCGCUUUACUUACCGCUCGACCGCAACGAAAAGAUUGUCGUGCGCCGCGGGACUUUGGUCGGGUUCUCCGUUCCAGCGUACGAUAUUAUAUUAUCUUUGUAACUGUGACUCUAUAAUAUAAUCAUCGUAAUCUCAGCUGCGACGGUUCGGAGGUAAAAACUUACGCAAAGCGGCCGUGCCAUCGUCGGGACGUAUGAUUAUUAUAAUAUUAUUAUAAGAUAAUAUUUUGUUUUGUUUCUACCUCGUGUGAAGUAAUAUAUUAUUGUA